AUGGCGUGGCAUGCCACACUCGCCUGCGUCAAAAUCGCGCUGACAUUGCUUCUGUCCAUCUGGUUGCCCGUGGUCUACAUCACGUUGGUGGCCAUCGACCACAUGGAGUAUGUGCGUCCGCAGAAGAAGAAGGAGGAGAUCCGGUGUCGACUCUUCUGGGUGGUGGUGGACUUGCUCGACGUCCUGGACGUGCAGGCCAACCUAUGGGAGCCUCAGAGGAGAAGGCUCCCCCUAUGGGUGGAGGGACUCAUGUUCUUCUACUGCUACAUCCUGCUGCUCGUGCUGCCGUGCGUGUCGCUGAGCGAGAUCAGCAUGCAAGGGGUGAACAUCGUGCCCCAUAAGAUGAUGCUCUACCCGAUUCUCAGCCUGGUGACUAUUAACAUUAUCACUCUCUUCAUUCGAGGCGGGAACAUGGUUUUCUAUAGGGACUCCAGGGUGUCUGGGAUACUGAUGGGUAAAAAUGUGAUCGCCAUUGUUCUUAAGACGUGCAGUUUCGUCCAGUAUCGGAGGCAUCUCGGUGAGGUCCCGUCUCCCGCCCUUGGGGUAGAGAUGCAGAAGAAUUGCGUUGUCCACGGCCCGAAAGUGACUAUGCCUGUGCCCAUGCCGAUGCCACCCCAAGUAGUGAUUCAAGACUUCACAAAGUUUCCCGAAGAGAUGGUGUGUGUGAGUGACACAGAGGUUGAGCAAACGUGA